AUGGGGGGGCAGGAGCGAGGCUCAGAGAGCAGACGAGGCAAGGCGGCGAGUGAAGUGGAGGGAGAAGAGAGGAUGGAGAGCGGUCCCGUAGAAACCACAGUGUCUAAAGAGAGGGACGGCUAUCAGGAAAGAGAGUGUGAAAUAGAGGAAAGUUCCCUCCUGGGCCGGUUUAGACUGAGGGUUAACAGAAGGGAGAAGAUUAGGAGAGGCAGCUUCAAGUCUCUCUACUCGCUGGGAAGCAUGCUUGGGAAGGGCGGUUGUGGGGCUGUGUAUGCAGCAAUCUGCAAAACCAAUGGUCGACAGGUAGCUAUAAAGUAUGUGAAGAAAGGAAUGGCUGAGCCAUAUGUGAAGCUGCCAGGACUGGGGCAGCCGGUGCCCCUGGAGGUGGCCCUGAUGCAGAUCGUCAGCCACCCCCCAGCUUGCCCCUACGUGCUGCAGCUGCUGGAGUGGUUCCAGGAGGCCGAGCGGUUCAUCCUGGUGCUGGAGAGGCCCUACUCCUGCAUGGACCUGUUUGACUUCAUGGAGGUGCUGGGCGGCCAGAUGGACGAAUGUCUGGCCAGAGCCGUCAUGAUCCAGGUUGUCCUGGCGACGUGCCACUGCCGAGAGAGAGGGGUCCUGCACCGGGACGUGAAGGUCGAGAAUCUGCUCGUGCAGACGGACACUCUGAAGAUCAAGCUCAUCGAUUUUGGCUGUGGAGACUUGCUGAGGACCAGUAGCUACAGAGACUAUUCAGGCACGGAGGAGUUCUGUCCCCCGGAGUGGGUGCUGCGCGGGGUCUACCAGGGCCGCCCCGCCACCGUCUGGUCUCUGGGAGUCCUGCUCUUCAGCAUGGUGUGUGGGUACCUGCCUUUCAACCAGGAGGCAGACAUCAUCUCUGGACGCCCACGCUUCACGAAGGACCUCAGUAAACAAUGUAAGAAGCUCAUUGGCUGGUGUCUGCAGCGGGACCCAACCAAGAGACCAGUCCUGGAGCAGAUACUCCUUCAUGAUUGGAUGAUAGCGAGCGAGGCGUCAGAACACUCCAGGCCUACAGUCCAUCCUCCUCCAUCAAAUCCUUAA